AUGUCAGCCCACUUUGUCGAAACGCCUUAUGAGAUUCACCCCCAGGCAUUGAUUUUGGGAGUGGCUUCUAACAUAUUUACUGCACCACCAACAUCGGCUACGGCAAAACCAACUUGCCCAGGUCAAGUUUUGAUCCAUCUUCCUUUUACUUUCCAAGUACCAUCUUUUUCACCAGACACUGUCCAUUUCACCACAAAUUCUUACCCUCAACAACCCCGGUAUGAGUUUACUGGGGGACAAGAGAAAGCUACAAAGAAUCCUGAGCAAGAGGAAAUCACUCGAAAAAUGAGAAGCAUGGACCAAAGCCUUAAGAAUAUACAAGGUUUAAGUUGCCAAAAGAGCAUAUCCUACACUGGUGCAUGUAUGUUCCUGCAUGCUCAUUUGCCCAUCGGUUUCAAGACCCCCAAGUUCAAAAAGUAUGAUGGGUAUGGGGACCCCAUAUCCCACCUCAAGAGGUAUUGCAAUCAAUUGAGAGCGGUGGGCGGAAAAGAAGAGCUCCUAAUGGCUUAUUUCGGAGAGAGUCUAGUUGGCAUUGCAUCCAAGUGGUACAUGGAUAAAGACAUGUCUCACUGGCACAUAUGGGAUGAUUUGGCUCGAGAUUUUGUUAGGCAAUUCCAGUACAACAUAGACAUAGCUCUAGACAGAAAUUCCCUGUCUAAUCUCAAAAAGAAGUCUUCGGAGAGUUUUAGAGAAUAUGCUGUUAAGUGGCGCGAACAAGCAGCCAGGGUGAAGCCCCUGAUGGAUGAGACCGAGAUGGUCAGUGUUUUUCUACAAGCCCAAGAGGCUAACUACUUCCAGAAUAUGAUAUCUGCAAUGGGAAAGCCAUUUGCUAAGGCUAUCAAAAUUGGGGAGAUGGUCGAAAAUGGUUUGAAGACAGGCUGCAUAUUGAGCCAGUUUGCUAUAAGAGCUAUGUACCAAGCAAUCCAGAGUGGGUCAGGAGGUGUAGCAAACAGAAAGAAGAAAGAAGAAGUGGCAAUGGCGGCUUCAAGUCUGAGGAACCCCUAUCAACCCCAAGGUUACUUCCCGCCAAACACCCCGCAACAUUAUUAUCCUCACCAGGAUGUGGCUUAUGCCAUGGCUCCUCAGCCUUAUGCGGUGAUGAAUGCCCAGCCAUAUGCUCGGCAAAACCUAGAGUCGCCCUCUUACCGAUAUGGUGCUCGAUGUGCUUACCAUUCAAGAGCGGAAGUGCAUGACACUGAAGACUGUUGGAUUCUCAAAAGGGCAAUCGAAAACCUAAUAGAGCAAAAGAGAGUAGUGCUGAAAGAUGAAGAGAUCCCCAAUGUGACCAAUAACCCAUUGCCGGCUCAUAACAAUGGGCCAGUUAUUGGGAUGAUUUGUGAAGAUAAAGAGUUUGACCCAGCUCUGAAAGUCGUCAUUGCUAUCGCCGAUGUUGAAAAGAAGCCAAGGGUAGUUGCAAAGCAAGAAAAGGGGGAUAAGAAGAGUAACUCCACUCCUCGAAGUGUAGAAAAGAUGGUGGAAACCAAAACAGGGGUAGUACCUCCUAAAUACGCCAUUCUCUAUGUUCCCCGGCUCACAGAAAAGAACAAUUGCCAUUGA